CGCCUUUGAUAGUUCGGCUGUAGCCAUAUUGGCUUGGUAUGAUUGUCGUGUCAGUGAGUAGUGUCGGGACAAAAGUUAUUAAAAAAAAUAAUAUUAUUAUUGUGUACAAGUCUGGGUAUUACACCAGACAAUAAUUAUUAUAAAAAUGGAAGAGACUAAAAUAAUUUAUCAUAUUGACGACGAGGAAACACCUUAUUUAGUUAAACUGACAAUAUCGCCGGAGCGAGUGACACUAGCUGACUUUAAGAAUGUAUUGAAUCGUCCGAAUUACAAAUUUUUUUUUAAGUCUAUGGACGAUGAUUUCGGAGUUGUCAAAGAAGAAAUUGUUGACGAUGAUGCACACCUCCCUUGCUUCAAUGGUCGAGUCGUUUCAUGGCUCGUAUCCGCUGAGGGAAGCAACGUAUCUGAUGGAGCAUCGCAGUGUACAGAUUCAGUGGCUCACACUGAUGCUAAACAUGACAGGGUUGAUCAUGUACCACCAGGUCUUACGAACCGUGGACCACCGGCAUUGUCACACGACGACACACUUACUGAAACUGAAAGUAUUAUAAGUAGUAGACAGGGUCAUCAUUUACAUAAAAGUUCAAAACAUCAUGCUGAUAAAUAUGAAAAGUAUUCUAAAUAUAAUGGAUUACGUAUCAACGGACAUUCAAAACAUCGUUCAGGGCACGGUUACGAAACAGCAUCGAUAUUGAGCUCAGACCUUGAGACAUCGACAUUCAUGGAGUCUGAUGACGAUGCGAGUAGUCGUAUCACGUCAACCACUGGCCGACACACCAACAUGAGCAGUACCAUUGAACGUGCAACUUUAGAUCGCCGUAGACCUCAAAGACGACGGCGACAUAGACUGCCGCCAAUGUCUCGUACAUCCUCAUUCAGUAGCAUCACUGACAGUACAAUGUCACUUAAUAUUAUAACGGUAUCUUUGAACAUGGAUACUGUUAAUUUUCUUGGUAUUAGUAUCGUGGGACAAAGCAAUAAAGGUGGCGACGGUGGAAUAUACGUUGGCUCGAUCAUGAAAGGAGGCGCAGUAGCUUUAGAUGGUAGGAUAGAACCCGGUGAUAUGAUCCUCCAGGUGAACGACAUUAAUUUUGAAAACAUGUCUAACGACGAGGCAGUGAGAGUUUUACGUGAAGUCGUUCAAAAACCCGGGCCAAUAAAACUGGUCGUAGCCAAGUGUUGGGAUCCAAAUCCAAAGGGUUACUUCACGAUUCCUCGUACAGAACCGGUUCGCCCGAUAGAUCCAGGUGCUUGGGUUGCGCACACAGCAGCAAUUCGCGGUGAAGGCUUUCCACCACGUCCGCCAAGCGCAACGACCUUGACUUCGACAUCCAGUAGUCUCGCCAGUACGCUACCCGAUACUGAACGUCCGCUGGAAGAUUUACGUCUGAGUAUCAAUACAGAUAUGCCGACGAUAGUACGUGCAAUGGCCCGGCCUGACUCUGGUCUUGAGAUACGUGACCGUAUGUGGUUAAAAAUAACAAUUCCAAAUGCAUUCAUCGGUGCAGAUGUUGUUGAUUGGCUAAAUACACACGUCGAGGGUUUUAUCGAUCGUCGCGAUGCCCGUAAAUAUGCGUCGCUUAUGCUGAAAGCCGGGUUCAUCAGACACACCGUCAAUAAGAUAACAUUUUCGGAACAAUGCUAUUACAUAUUUGGCGAUUUGUGCUCGACAAUGGGUAGCAUGAAACUCGACGGCGAUACUGUUGGACCUCUGCCACCACCCAUCGGAUGGGAACUGGGCACGUAUUCUGGACCCUACGCACCCCAUUCGGCUGCUGGAUACAGUCCAAUGCCUUUUAAUUUCACAAACGAACCCACUAUCUACGGCUAUCACCGCGAAGAAAGUAUUCACAGUGAGUCAGGCGGCAGCAGCGCUGGUAGUGAACACAUUUGCAAAGAACCAAUUCACGAUUUAAAAUCCUGUUCAUCGGCGUCUGAGUCAGAGCUUCAUUUACCACCGACAGUGCCGAGCAAAAAUUCCGGCAACGGGAAUGGAUCCAAUGGAAAACGAUCAAACGGGAGUCGCAGCAGAUCAAGCGGCUCCGAGCAAUCUGUACAAACAGGCACUGGCUCCUCGAAUCAGCAGAAUCAGCAAGAUUUAUCUGGUAGUAGACAGUCAUUUCGAAUUGCGAUGGGAAAUCCGUGUGAAUUUUUUGUCGAUGUUAUGUAGAAUUUUUCCUUUUUUAUUUGUUUUCAAGUUGUGUACAUAAUUUUAAUUAUUCUUCUAAGAAAAGAAUGAGGAUGCCGUUUUAUUUUUUACUCAAAUGUAUUUUUAGCAUGACGUACUUUGGUUUAUUUUUUCACGAUGUUGAAUAAUAUUACUUUGAUCCCAACAUCAAAACAUCUAAAUUCAUUAAAUAGAAUAAAUUCAAAGAUUAAAAAAAAAAAAAAGAAAAAAAAUCGACAUUUUAUUAAGGGCGACAUUCUUUCAUUAAUAAUAAUUAAUUUUAACAACAUGUACUUGUAAAUAAUGCACAUGUAUAAUGCGAUGCUUACUUGUAUUUUAUAUCACAACUAUUUUUAUAUUUUUUUUGGGAAUUAAUGCACGUUAAGUAUUCUUUGAAGCUUGGUAUGCUUAAUUAACAUCAACAUCUACUACUCAUAACCAUUAACAUAAUACAUAAAAUUUAAAAAGCAUGUACUUGUAUUAUGAUAUUUAAUGUAUGAAAAUAUCUAUUAUAUACACGAGAAUCUACUCUAUACUCUAUAUACUAAUUGUUUAUUUUUUUACGCUUAUAACACAGACUGAUAAUUAACUUACAGUCUGAGGUCUAUUUAUUUAAAAAAUAUAAAAUUUAUUAUUAUUAUUAUUAUUAUUAUUUUUAUUAUUAUUUAUCGUUUCACUGCAUGAGCCAUUUAAAUAAAUAAUAAAAAGAAAAUAAUUGAACUGCCAUUAAUUCAUUCCAUUGCUUGCAUUUUAGGAUUGUCUACGACAAUGGGGCACCUAUUUCUUUAAAAAAAAAAAAAAUAAUUACAAA